AUGGCCCCUCAGCAAUUGCUUCGCUCCAUUCCCUCUGAUAUCCCUCCAUACGAGUCCGAUGCAUGGUCAGAGAGGGUCAAACUGCGAUUCCUCUCCUACGAUCUCAACCCCCGAAAUCUGGAGUCACCCGUUUAUGCGCUGUCGGAUAAGACCCUCACAGGUCUCUUGCACCCCUUUCGCCAUCUUGUCGACAAUUGGCCACAGGCUACACUUUCUCUUCCUAAGCGGAAAUUCAUUCGAAUGACCCAAGACCUCUACGACGAAGCAGCAAAGAAGCAACCCUUUAUACCCGGAAGACCCAAAUACGACUUGCGAACCAGGUCGUUCGAACUCGAGGAACUCGAAGAUGCUAACGCAGGCAUUGAGGCUGGGCACGAAUUAAGUACGGAGCAGCAGAAUGCUGGCAGUAGCUCUGGCAAACAAUUGUCUCAGACUAAUAGCCAGCAGCCACUUGUCGCAAAGAACGAAUCUAGAGGAGCCCUGGACGAUGGAUCUGAUCUAGAGGAUGCUACGGACGAAGACGAUGAUGAUGAUAAUUUUUCCAUUGCAUCCGGUGCCUCGCGGGCUGAAGACAAGAACGUUACGGACAUAGUCGACUUUGCGUGGGCCUACCGCAUUGAGUUCGACAUGCAAAAGCCUAGUCAGCAGCUCAUGCCGCGACCUACGGUAGGAGCCGAGUCAGACGCAGCCGCCAAAGCCCGGCGUUACGCCGCGGCUCACAAACUCUACAAGGGUCUCUUCCUCAUCUACGACGGCCUCAUUUUCAUCGAGGAGGAUAAAGGCAUCCUUCUCGGCGAUGAGCACACUGACAGGAUGGUGGUUCGCUCCGUAUCAGGUACCUUUUGGCGGUGGGCCCAAUUCAGCAGGCACGAAAUCCCCAUCUUCCACAUUCCGGGUGGCAGUCUCAAGAAAUCUCCCGUUAGAGCAUCACUUGCAACGGAGGUCAAGAAGAAUGCUCAAGUCGUAGCUAAGUGGGAAGUACAACCGGUUUUCGAGGAGGGCACCCCAGAAUCGGACGCCGCUUUGACGGCGAUGAGGGCGCAAGCUCUGCAAAACCUGGAGGAAUUUUCUCCCAGUAUGCGCAAGGGCAAGACACCAUUGUGGUCUUAG